AUGGCAGUCAUCACCUUCACGCCUCUAUACGGUGUGCAUUCUAGCGUACUUUGCUGUGCAUAUUUAUUAGAAGUAGAUGAAGUAUGUAUUUUACUUGAUUGUGGCUGGACGGAUGAGUAUAAUGUGGAUCUAUUGAAACCAUUGCAGCGUGUGAUUGAUCGGAUUGAUCUCGUGCUAGUUUCCCACUUGGAUUUGGCACAUAUGGGAGCUUUACCCUAUGCUAUGGGUAAAUUAGGACUUAAAGCGCCUAUAUAUGGCACACUACCUGUCCAUCGAAUGGGUCAAAUUGCUCUAUAUGAUGCAUUCCAGGCCAAGACGAAACACGACAGCGAUUUCUCUCUCUUUUCGUUGGACGAUGUUGAUUUAGUUUUCGAGAAUUUUAAGCAGUUGAAAUACUCGGAGAAAUUGACAUUGACAAGAUCAGGAGAAGGAAUUGUUAUUACGCCUCAUGUAGCAGGUCAUCUUAUUGGUGGCGCACUGUGGCGAAUUAUGAAGGAAACGGAUGAUAUUAUUUAUGCUGUGGACUAUAACCACCGCUCGGAGCAUGUGUUACAAAAGACGAUUUUGGACUCGUUUACACGUCCAACUCUGCUCAUUACAGACUCAAUGAAUCUUCACGCAGAGCAACCAAAGCUUAAGGACCGAGACAGCAAGAUCAUGAUGGAAAUUUUGAAAACAGUUCGGAGUGGAGGAAAUGUGUUGAUUCCGACCGAUAGCUCUGGCCGUGUGCUGGAGUUAAUGCGGGUGUUGGACCAGUACUGGAUUCAGAACAAGCUACGCGAUCCGAUUGCGCUUCUCCAUGAUAUGAGUUAUUACACGCCAAAGGCUGCGCAAGCAAUGCUGGAGUGGUGCAAUGACCGCAUUGCAAAGAACUUUGACGUCGGUCGUCAGAAUCCGUUUCAAUUCUCCCACAUUCAUUUGGUGCACACGUUGGAAGAACUGGAUGCUCUCCCAAGUCCAAAGGUGGUUUUGGCUACUUCACCAAGUUUAGAAUGUGGCUUUGCAAAAGACAUUUUUAUUCGCUGGGCUCCUGAUUCCCGGAACAGCAUCAUUUUUGCUUCAACGACGCAAGAAACAUCGUUUGCAUCUCGUGUACUGAAGCUUGCAAAGGGCCCGUCAGCAGAGAAAAUAAUGUCAUGUACAGUGAAAGAAAAAGUGUUCUUGGAAGGAGCAGAGCUUGCACUGUAUGAAGUAAAGGAACGAAAACGUCUUCGGGCUGAGGCUGAACACAAGGCGAAGGAGAUUGAAGAGGCAGCUAUGGAAGAUAUGAUGAUGGGAAUUGAAGACUUUGAAUCCGAGUCGGAAGAAGAGGAAGCUACACAGCAAGAAGUUCAACUUCGGGGUACGUUCAAGGUCGGUCUGGGGCAGUUUGCAUCGGUCCGGUAUCCGAUGUUCUUUGCUGUAGAGCCCAAGAUAGAGUGGGAUGAAUAUGGAGAGAUUAUCAACCCGGACGACUUCAAGGACGCUACUUUGGCAAACCGUCAAGCGCGUCGCAACAUCAUCGAAGAUGCGGAUAGGGAUGAGGACAUGGAAAACGCUGACCAGGAGACUCCUGUUGAAAGCCGGCCAACUAAAACAAUCACAAACGAAGUCGUCGUCAAUAUCGCAGCUCGCAUCAUGCAAGUUGACUUUGACGGUGUUGCAGACGGUCGAGCGAUUCGAAAUUGCUUGGGCAAUGUAAAGCCUCGAAAGCUCAUUUUGGUUCACGGUACGGAGCAGACAACGAACGAGCUUAAAGAGUUUGUGGAAUCGUCAAUUCCAAUGUGCGAAGCCGUAUUUACUCCGAAUGUAAUGGAAUGUAUUGAUAUCGAGUCCGAUACAAAUGUGUACAAGUUAUCUCUCAAAGAGUCUUUAUAUACGUCUGCAGUAUUCCGGAAGGUUGGCAGCCACGAAGUCGCCUACGUCACUGGCUUGUUUUCUCUAUCUGAGAGCAGUUCUGUACCAGUACUACAACCUUUAAACGAAAAUGGUGGCCAAACGACGCACGAGCCCAUUUUGCUUAGCGAUGGCAAAAUGAAGCUGGACGUGAUGAAGCAGGUGCUUGGGAAGGCAGGUUUUCAGGCGAAAUUUCGUGGUGGUAUGUUGGUAUGCAACGAUGGAGUUGUGCUCAAACGUGCAAUGAAUAAUGAGAUAGUGAUGGAAGGUACACUGUCCAAGAACUAUUAUCGCAUUAGGGCUCUGCUAUAUGAGCAAUUUACGCUUGUAUAG